CUUUAUUCCCGAUAGGGAUGACGCUAGAUAUGGAUGUUGGUUCUACACUGCAGCUUCUAGCGCAGAUCAACCACCAACAGACGACAACUAUGUAACUCCCUGCCAGCCAUUUGCGAGUUUCGAGUUCUCAUUAUGUGACAUGUCUCUGCCUAGCACUGGGCUGGAUGCACGUCGCGAAUGGCAUCUCGCCAAAGAGAGCCGGAUGUUCUGCGCCACUGUCACAGUCGAUUGGCCGGAAGAGCCGAGAAUGUUGCAUUCAUUGCAACGCGAUUUCCACUCAACCGGGGCCCUGGUCAAAGAAAGACCGAUCACAAUCGGCACGGCUCUCAUGCAAGCACAAGUCAGUCAGCCCACAAAGCAACACAACUCAGAGUAUGGUGUUGGGGAACCAUCGAGGUCUGGGUCAAUGACAGACAGAUACCAGCUAGCGUGGUGA